UUCGGGUAUACUAAUUAUUACUAAAUAAACUCUCACCGCGGGGUCUGAUCCCUGGAAGCUCGUAGGCAGCAACCAGCAGGCAAGGGGGUUUUCCUUGACCAUCAUCCAAACCGCGGACGGCAGAGGAAAGCUCUCCAUCGCAUCCAUCAUUUAUUUGAUUGUUGGUUCUCCCUUUGAAAUUACACAUACACGAUCGGAUUGAAUAAUAGUACCCCCGGUAUUACGAUUGGAGAUAUGGCGGCACAAAGGAGCAUGGGAUCACUCAAGGAACCUGAUCUCAAGGGGAAGAGGGUUUUUGUAAGGGUGGAUCUCGACGUUCCUUUGGAUGACAAUUUCAACAUCACCGACGACGCCAGAAUCCGCGCCGCCGUCCCCACCAUUAAUUACUUGAUCGCCUACGGUGCUAAAGUUAUCCUCGCUUCUCACCUCGGAUGCCCAAAAGGUGUCACCCCAAAGUACAGCUUGAAGCCCCUUGUUCCUAGACUCUCUGAACUCCUUGGGGUUGAGGUCAAGAUGGCAAAUGAUUGUAUUGGUGAAGAAGUUGAGAAAUUAGUGGCUUCCUUGCCAGAAGGAGGUGUUUUGCUCCUGGAGAAUGUCAGGUUUUACAAAGAAGAGGAUAAGAAUGAUCCUGAAUUUGCAAAGAAGUUGGCUUCUCUUGCAGACUUGUAUGUUAAUGAUGUUUCUGGAACUGCACAUAGAGCUCAUGCUUCCACCGAAGGAGUAGCCAAAUAUUUGAAGCCCGUUGUUUCUGGAUUUCUGAUGCAGAAGGAGCUUGAUUAUCUUGUUGGAGCUGUGGCAAAUCCCAAGAAACCAUUUGCUGCAAUUCUUGGUGGUUCAAAGUUCUCAACUAAGAUUAGUGUGAUCGAGUCGCUGUUAGAUAAGGUUGACAUCCUUUUACUGGGUGGUGGAAUGAUCUUUACAUUCUAUAAGGCCCAAGGGCACUCUGUUGGAUCCUCACUCGUGGAGGAGGACAUGCUUGAUCUUGCCCUAUCAUUCAUCGAGAAGGCUAAGGCCAAGGGAGUUUCCCUGUUGCUUCCCACUGAUGUAGUUGUGGCUGACAAGUUUGCUGCUGAUGCAAACAGCAAGGUUGUUGCAGCUUCUAGAAUUCCUGAUGGUUGGAUGGGAUUGGAUAUAGGACCUGAUGCUAUCAAGUCAUUUAUUGAAGCUUUAGAUACUACUAAAACCAUUAUUUGGAAUGGACCAAUGGGGGUUUUCGAGUUUGACAAAUUUGCGACGGGAACAGAGGCUAUUGCAAAAAAAUUGGCAGAGCUUAGUGGCAAUGGAGUGACAACGAUCAUUGGAGGUGGUGACUAUGUAGCUGCUAUGGAAAAGGCAGGGUUUGCUGAUAAGAUGAGCCAUAUCUCAACAGGUGGAGAAGGGAGAAGAAGAAAAGAAAUAGAGGAGGAUGAGAGACAGAGGAGGAAAAAGGGGGAAAUGGCGGUGACAACUUGUAGUACUGAUGGAGAGCAAAAAGUCUUAGCAGCUGCCCAACACAUCCUCAAGAGCCUUAACUCUUCAGCAAACAUUAACACAGAUGAUAUGAUUCUUCUUUUUUCGUCAAUCGAUGCCCGUUUUGCUAAUCUGUCUAACAUCAUGCAGACAUCGUCGGCUUCUGCCGCAGCUGCAGCUGCGUCGCCCUCUUCAACUUCCUCUCCUUCUGUCGUGGCUGGCGGCAGCGGUGGUGCUGGUGGGUGGGAUGACAACAUGUCGUCUUUUUCCCCCAACAGUCAAGCCGAUUUGCAAUUGGAGGCCGCUGAGGAGCUGAUCCACCGGUGGGACUCAAAUAGCGAUGAGUUUGUCAUUGAUGCUUAUUUUCAGGCUGUUGAUUAUGUUAUACAGUUGAUGGAGGACUUGGCUUUGGAAAGUGUGGAAUUGGAGCGGGUGGAGAAUGCUCUGCAGUUGGCUAUGUCAAGGUUGGAAGAGGAGUUUCGUCACACCCUAAUCCAGAACACGGUUCCUCUGGAUGUCGAGAGGAUCGAUGAGUUCUUGAUUCGCCUCACUUCUGACUCCUCCUCCACUCCUGCAGAUGGAGUUACACAGAUUCCUGAUUUGGAGUCUAGCAGCAGUGGGGUUUGCAGUUUUGCUGAUCAUGGCGAUAAUGAUGGAGAUGGCAAUGACAAUGAGGGUGAUGGCGACGGCAUUGUCUAUUGCAGAUAUAAUCGCCAUGUGACCGAGGGGAGUGUGGGGAGUGAUGAAUUAUUUCAUGAUUUGGUAAACCCUGAUGCUAUUUUAGAUCUCAAAGGAAUUGCUGACCGAAUGAUACGUGCAGGAUAUGAGAAGGAGUGUUGUCAGGUGUAUUCGAGCGUCCGUCGUGAUGUCUUGGAUGAGUGUAUGUCAAUUUUAGGGGUUGAGAAGCUUAGUAUCGAGGAUGUUCAGAGGAUAGAGUGGAAGUCUUUGGAUGAGAAAAUGAAAAAAUGGAUUCACGCGCUGAAAAUUGUGGUCAGGAUAUUGUUAACCGCUGAAAAGUGCCUCUGCGAGGAGAUUUUUUCUGGUUUGGAUGUUAUUGAAGAUGUUUGCUUUAUUGAGGCCACCAAGGGAUGUGUGAUGCAGCUAUUAAAUUUCGGGGAAGCAGUGGCUAUUGGUAGAAGGUCAUCAGAGAAGUUGUUCAGAAUUCUUGAUAUGUAUGAUGCACUUAAAGAUGUUUUGCCUGAUUUGAAGAAGCUUUGCAGUGAUAAAGAAGCAGGUGACAUGGUAUACAGUGAGGCUCAGGGAGUUGUGGAUGGGUUGGGUGAGGCAGCCAUUGGGACUUUUGUUGAAUUUCAGAAUGCUGUUCAGAAUGAGAGCUCGAGGAGGCCAAUUCAAAAUGGUGAGAUUCACCCCUUGACGCGUUAUGUAAUGAAUUAUGUGAAGUUGCUCGUUGAUUACAGUGAUACACUUAAUGCAUUAUUGGAAGCUGAAUGUGAGGAUGCAAAAGAAGCAGAAGCCAAGGACGCAAAGGUGGUUAAUGAUGGUGAAAAGCUGGAGGCCAAAAACAUGAGUCCAAUAGGACUGCGUUUGCUGUCUUUGAUCUUGUCCUUGGAAUUGAACCUUGACGAGAAGUCAAGCAUGUAUGAGGAGGAAGGGCUGAAAUUUGUGUUUCUGAUGAAUAAUAUACUUUACAUUGUUCAGAAGGUUAAAGAUUCGGAUCUUGCAAAAUAUUUGGGUGAUGAUUGGAUCCGGAAACGUCGUGGUCAGAUUAGAAAGCAUGCAACAAGUUAUCUUAGAGCAUCAUGGAGCAAGGUGUUGUCUUGUUUGAAGGACGAAGGGAUUGGAGGGAGCUCAAGUAAUGCAUCGAAGGUGCUUUUGAAGGAGAGGUUUAAGAAUUUCAAUGCUUGUUUUGAAGAUAUUUAUAGGAUACAGACGGCUUGGAAGGUCCCUGACUUGCAACUUAGAGAUGAGCUUAAGAUAUCUAUUUCAGAGAAGUUGAUUCCAGCUUAUCGUUCCUUCAUGGGGAGAUUUGGGAGUCAUCUAGAGAGUGGCAAACAUGCUGGAAAGUACAUAAAGUACACGUCUGAGGAUUUGGAGAAUUACUUGUCACAUCUAUUUGAAGGAGUACCUCUGAUUCUACACCACAUGAGAAGGAAAAGCACCUAGAGAGCAGAAACGAUGACGGGUACGGAUCCUACUUUCAGCAUGGACUAGUAGUACAUUUCAUGUUUGGUAAUUUGUCCUUGAUUUUGUUAGUUUGAAUGUAAUAUAUUUAGCUUUGCUUUGUGAAAGGUAGCCACACUUUAUAACACAUCCUGUAAUAAUUCUUUGUAUGUACAAUAUAUCCUAUUUUGUGAAAUUAAUUAUGCUUCAUGCUUUCAA